GUCAUUUCGACUAACAUCACUGCUUUUUACAUUUGUAAUUUCUUUUUCUCUCAUUGUAUCAAUUUCAUUUUUAACGUUGAGAGAGUUUAUUCAGUUGCAAAGGUGCUCCUGAUCAGUAGGGACUUGUUGUUUGGCUGGCUUAAGUGUGCAACUUUUUUAGCAUUGAAAAUGAGGCCGACUAAAAUAUGUGAGGAAGAAAUUGAAAAAAUUUUGGCUAUGUCGGAUGAGGAUGAAGAGGAUUUCAGUAUUUCCGAAAGCGAAUUCGAAACGAAUUUACUAGAAGAGGGUAUGAAUUCUUCGGAGGAUGAUUCUUCGGACAAUUCGGAGGACUGGAAUGAAGAACCACCACCUCAGGCGCCGCAGGAUAAUAUAAUACCAUUUUCCAAAAGAUUUUUGCGUGGUAAAAAUAAAUAUAAAUGGGCGACAACUAAAGGAAAACUUCGUCGGUAUGCAAUUAACAUAGUGCAUCAUGAUAAAGGUCCAACAGGUGCAGCAAAGAAUGUUACGGAUUGCGCUGAAGUGUUUAAAUCAUUUAUCACCAACAUCGAAAUUGAAAAAAAGGAAUGGAGAUUUUCCAACUGA